CGCACCUACCGAACCAGAUUGCGCAUAGCGGCAUGUAUAUCAUGGCUUCUCCCUGGGCGGACAGUGGUCUUGGACAAUUUAUUUCCUCUUGUCCGAACAACGCCCAUGAAGCUCUGAUUAGACCACCCUGAGCCCCUUGUACUGCGCUGUAUACCGUCUACCGUACCCCACGCCCCGCACUCGAUAGCUACAAAGACCAUGUCUCACCAACGCAAGAACAGUCUGUGGACGCCGCCGGCCGCGCAAACCCCUCAGCUGCUGUCCGGAAAGUCCAUGAUCAUCACUGGCGGUGUCACCGGAAUUGGCCGCGCAAUAGUUCUGGGAUAUCUCCAGCAUGGCGCAAACGUGGCAGUGAACCACUUUGGCGACGACAAAUCCGCAACACAGUACCAGACCCUCGUCGACGAGGCAGCUGAGAACUUACAAGAUAGCAAAGAAGAUGUAGAGAAGAGACUGUUACAAGUGCCCGGCGAUGUAGGAAAUCCAGAGACAGGCAAGAAGUUGGUAGAGGCUGUGGUGCAAAGAUGGGGACGAUUGGAUGUGGUGAUAAGCAAUGCGGGUAUUUGCGAGUUCAAGGAGUUCUUAGAAAUCACACCAGAUCUCUGGAACUCAACCCUCACGACAAACCUCACCGGCGCAUUCCACACCAUCCAAGCCGGCGCGAAGCAAAUGUCUACCCAAUCACCCCCGGGUGGCUCCAUCAUCGGUAUCUCCUCCAUCAGCGCGCUUGUUGGCGGCGCAUACCAGGGCCACUACACACCUACAAAGGCUGGUGUGCUCUCCCUGAUCCAAUCUUCCGCAUGCGCACUUGGGAAACACAACAUCAGAUGCAACGCGCUGCUACCGGGUACAAUAAAGACACAGCUGAACGAGAAGGAUCUCGAGGACGAAGAGAAGCGGAAGUACAUGGAAGGCAGGAUACCGUUGGGCAGGACUGGCAUACCGAGUGAUCUUGCUGGGCCAGCAAUCUUCCUAGGAAGUGAUUUGAGCAGCUAUGUCAAUGGUGCACAAUUGCUGGUCGACGGAGGGCUAUUUGUAAACCUUCAAUGAUCAAUUAGAAUGGUUAAACUUGGAAUACACAGUCGAAUAACCAAAACUUGUCUUAUGCCCUUCUAAUGCGGCUAUC